AUGGCUGAAGAAGUGCUCCUAACGACGCCAGGCAACAUAACGUCGCACCUCACCUUUUCUCUGCUGGCUGUUGCUCUCCUUACCUCCUUCGGGAGUUCGAUGCUCUAUGGAUACAACCUGGCUGUGGUAAACUCUCCCGCGGGGUACAUAAAGGAUUUCUAUAACCGCACGGUGGUCAGUCGGAACGGCACGGGGCUCAAUGAGGAAGCUUUGACCCUCAUGUACUCUCUCACGGUGUCCGUCUUUGCCGUCGGAGGGCUGAUCGGCUCUUUGAUGGUGGGAAUACUGGUCACCAAAUUUGGAAGGAAAGGGACAGUGGUCAACUCCACGGUCUUGGUCUUCAUGGCUGGUUCGCUCAUGGGUUUCAGCAGAAUCUGCGGCUCUCCGGAGAUGGUUAUCGUCGGCCGAUUCAUAACAGGCAUACACUCAGGGAUCUCUCUCAGUGUGGUGCCCAUGUACCUGGGGGAGAUCGCUCCCAAAAACCUCAGGGGUUUCCUAGGCCUCAUGCCCAGCAUCUUCAUCUGCAUCGGAGUCUUCUCGGCCCAGAUCCUGGGUCUUCACGAACUGCUGGGAAAGGAGGAACACUGGCCUCUCUUCCUUUCACUGGUCGUAGUGCCCACCUUCGUUCAGCUAAUGAUGUUGCCAUGGUUUCCAGAAAGCCCUCGCUAUUUGUUGAUCGAGAAACAUAAUGUUCAUGCCACUAUAACUGCACUGAAAUGGUACCGGUCCAAAUGUAACAUCCAGGCAGAAAUCGAGGAGAUGCAGGAGGAGCAGCGCUCGCUGUCGUCCGUAGAAACCGUCUCGGUUUGGACGCUGGUGCUCGACAACACCGUGCGGUGGCAAGUCCUCUCUGUGGUCGUCAUCAACAUCGGAAUGCAGCUGUCUGGCAUUGACGCGAUCUGGUUCUACACUAACGACAUCUUUGAGAACGCUGAGAUUCCGGUCCCUUAUAUCCAGUACACGACGGUGGGAACAGGCGCCAUAGAGAUCAUUGCGGGUCUCAUCGGGUGUUUCACCAUCGAGAGACUGGGACGGCGACCCCUGAUCAUUGGCGGGUUUGGCGUUAUGGGCAUGUGUUGCGCUGGCAUCACGCUCUCUCUCAUAUUACAGACGCACGUGUCCUUUAUGAAGUAUGUGAGUGUGGCUUGUGUGGUUGGAAUCAUCGCUGGAUUCUGUAUAGGACCUGCUGGAGUUCCGUUCUUGAUCACAGCUGAACUCUUUAAGCAGUCUCACAGGCCUGCUGCCUACAUUGUGGGCGGGUCCAUCAACUGGAUGUCCAACUUCACCAUUGGCUUCAUUUUCCCAUUCCUGCAGAAAUCCGCUGGGUCCUACUGCUACCUGGUUUUCAGUGGUGUGUGCCUGUCUGUGGCAGUCUACGUGUACUUCGUCAUCCCGGAGACCAAGAACAAGACGUUUGUGGAGAUCAGUCAGAUGUUUGCCACCAAAGAGUCUGUGUUGGAGAGCCAGGCCAUCAGCCACCCCGACCAGCUCAAACUGAAGAAAAUGAACGGAUAUGGCGCCCUGGAAAACGGGUCGCUCGAGUUCGACAGCUCCUCCUCCAUCCCUUAA